AGUUCUUGAGUAGGAGACUCCACAUCCCGGGUGACCCGGGUUGGAGCUGCUGGUUCAAGUGGUCUCUCGUGUCCACCACUAUGGCCUGGACUAAGUACCAGUUGUUCCUGGCCGGGCUUAUGCUGGUCACCGGCUCCAUCAACACGCUUUCGGCAAAGUGGGCCGACAACUUCGUAGCUGAGGGCUGUGGAGGAAGCCAGGAGCACAGCUUCAAACAUCCCUUCGUCCAGGCAGUGGGCAUGUUCCUGGGAGAGUUCUCCUGCCUUGCUGCCUUCUACCUGCUCAAAUGCCAAGGCAGAAGACAGUCAGCCUCCAGUGUAGAGCCCCAGCAGCCCUUCAACACCCUGCUUUUCCUGCCCCCAGCCCUGUGUGACAUGACUGGGACCAGCAUCAUGUACGUGGCCCUGAACAUGACCAGUGCCUCAAGCUUUCAGAUGCUGCGGGGUGCAGUGAUCAUCUUCACAGGCCUGUUCUCAGUGGCCUUCCUGGACCGGAGGCUGGCACCAAGCCAGUGGCUGGGCAUCCUGAUCACUAUUGCGGGACUGGUGGUAGUUGGCCUGGCUGACCUCCUGAGCAAACAUGACAGCCAACACAAGCUCAGUGAAGUCAUCACAGGUGACUUGUUGAUCAUCAUGGCCCAGAUCAUCAUUGCCAUCCAGAUGGUGCUAGAGGAGAAGUUUGUCUACAAACACAACAUCCACCCACUCCAGGCAGUGGGCAUCGAGGGUUUCUUCGGCUUCGUGAUCCUCUCGCUGCUGCUUGUGCCUAUGUUCUACAUCCCCACGGCCUCCUUUAGUGGAAACCCUCGAGGGGUGCUGGAAGACGCACUGGAUGCCUUCUGCCAGGUGGGCCGACAACCCCUGAUUGCCCUGGCUCUGCUGGGCAACAUCAGCAGCAUUGCCUUCUUCAACUUUUCGGGCAUCAGCGUCACCAAGGAACUGAGUGCCACCACCCGCAUGGUGCUAGACACCCUGCGCACCAUAGUCAUCUGGGCCUUUACCCUCGCACUGGGCUGGGAGAUCUUCUAUCCAUUGCAGAUCCUCGGUUUCCUCAUCCUCCUUAUGGGCACCGCCCUCUACAAUGGGCUGCACCGAGCACUGCUAGCCUGCCUGUCCAGACGAUGGCGACUCCCUACCCAGGAGGGAGAGCAGGAGAGACUGCUAGGUGACGACAGUCGGACUCCCAUCAAUGAAGCCAGCUGAGCCCACAGUGAGAUCUCUGCUGCCACCAGAUGGCUGAGGCCAUGCAGACUGGUGGGCUGUGGGUGCCCACCCAUCCCUACUGACCCCUCUGUGCGGCCACUGCCAGAGAGGAUGGGAGGAUACCAGGUCCUGCUUUAAUCCUGAGGCCUGAAAUAUUGGGACCCAGCCCCCACAGGCCCAGAGAUGGCAACCACUCUCAGCCUCCAGUUCUGCUGCACUAGAACAAAAUUAUGAGCUUGAAUGGCAAGAAUUCACAACCCUGGUAUUUCUGUUAUACACUAACUUGUCAUGGUAGAUUAUCUAGCCUAUGAACCAUAAGCUACAAAGAAGUCGGUGAACAGGUUCAAAUCAGAACUAAGAGACUAUUCUGCAGCGGUGGAAGAUACUCCUGAAGCCUGUCAAAAAACCUAGUUUCCGGCCCAGCCGUGGCUGGUGUGUGCACCAGGUCUGACUGCUCUGCAGCACGGGUGUGCAUAAUGUGUCUUUGGUGCCUUGCAGCCCCAGCAUCCUGUGGCCUCUGAUUGUCACUAGCCUGAGAAAAGAGCAGCACACCUGUCCCCCUCCUCCCCAUGGGGGGGGGGGGGGGGGCUUUUUGGUAUUUUUGUUUUUAGCUUGGUUUUUGCCAUUACAUGUCCCUGACUGUCCUGAAACUCAUGGUGUAGACCAGGCUAACCUCAAAUUUAGCUUCUACUUCCUCAGUGCUGGAAUUAAAGGUGUGCAUCACCACGCCCAACACCUCCUUGAAGUUUUGACUUCCUUGUUCUUCAUACCCUAAGGCCCCUCUGCCUGGGAAAGACAAAGGGAGAUUCCAGGCAGCCCAGGAAAUGGAUUCAGGAGCUUGUUUGUUUUUGGUUUGGUUUGUUUGGUUUGCUUUGUUUUGUUUGAAGCAAAAGUCUUACUGUGUGGUACCAACAUUCAACUUCCUCUGUGGCCCAGAGCUGGCCUCAAACUCAGCCUUCCUGCCCAAGUACUGAGACUAUAGGAAGGUACCAACCCGCCAACAGAGCUUCUUCCAUUCUCAAGGAGACUGAAGCCUUGUUUGACAAGAGGGCUCUGUGCUUACUGCCAGCUUGGGCCAAAAACCUGAGAGGCCCCUGAUACAGGCAGCUGCAUAAUUCUGUAUUAGAGGAACACAGAACCCGUGUGGCCCCGCUCCCAGGAAUCCGGACCCAUAGCAUCCACAGGAUGACAGACUUAGCAGGUGUCUUCCUCACUGGGUAAUCUGGCAUCCCCAGCAUUAGGUUAAAUGCUUCACCCUCACUCCCUCUCAUGAUGUCUGCAGAGGCAAGUGCAGAGGGAAAAACCGUGGUGCUCCCAGAAGGUGAGGAGUGCACACACAGCCAGUAUCCCACCCAGCAGGUGUGACAAAUUCCACUACUAUGCAGAUCUCUGUGGGCCUUUGGGGUGGAUUUCUAGGGCUGAGCUAAAGACCUAACACACUAUUACCCUGAAUAGAAGAAAUGCAGCCGGAAGGAGCCUUGGGGCCCUGGCAGCCCUUAAUCACAGCAUUGCUAUGAGAAUGGCUGAGUGGCCACUCACUAGUAAAACACUAACAGCCUUCUUUGCGAGGGGAAGGGGCUCUUGAUGAGCUAAGCCCUCAGUUUAAUUUGAUUCCAAAAGAUUCUAAAGGUAUGUCAAGGAAGGAACUCUUCAAUUCCAUUAGUUCUGAGUCCCCGAGACCCAAGCUUCUCUGGACUACAGUCUGUCACAGGGAGAAGUAAAUGUGCCUCUUGAGGUGACAGAGACAGUGUGGCAGCUGGCUUGUACAAAAAUAAAAACUGAGGCCCU